AUAGAAGAAAAUAAUUGGAAAAUAACCAACAACGGAGUUUUCAUACCAUACACUUAUAAAAAUGCCAUUACGAAGAAUUACUGCUAAACUAUUAAAAACUAGGGCCUCUGUUAGCUUUUUCAGAACGAGACCAUUGGUCACACAAGUAUCCGACAAGGAAUCUGAAAGGCAUUCCACGAAACAAACACACUUCGGUUAUCAAACCGUAGACGAAGAAGAAAAAUGGAAAAAGGUUCAUGAGGUGUUUGAAACAGUAGCAGAGAAAUAUGACCUUAUGAAUGAUGCCAUGUCAUUUGGCAUACAUAGGCUAUGGAAAGACAUAUUCAUGGCUAGAUUGGCACCCACCCAUGGAACAAAAUUACUCGACAUGGCUGGUGGCACUGGUGACAUCACAUUCAGGUACAUCAACUAUUUAAAAAAUCUCAAUCCGCCUCCAGAAGACAAGAAGAGUAGUGUCACAGUUUGUGACAUCAAUCAGGCUAUGCUGGAUGUUGGGAAAGUCAGAGCAGAAAAACAGGGUUACACAUGGGAUCGGUGCGGCGUAAGCGUGGAGUGGGUGUGCGGCGACGCGGAACAGUUGCAACUGCCUGACGAUACCUUCACUGCGUACACCAUCGCGUUCGGCAUCAGAAACUGUACACACGUCGAUAGGGUGUUGGAGGAGGCGUACCGCGUGCUGGCACCAGGCGGCCGCUUCAUGUGUCUGGAGUUCAGUCACAUCCCCAAUGACGCACUUCAGUGGGUGUACGAUCAAUAUUCGUUCCAAGUGAUCCCGGUGCUGGGACAGCUGAUAGCGGGCCAGUGGCGACCAUACCAGUACCUCGUUGAGAGCAUACGCCAGUUCCCCAAUCAGGAAAAGUUCAAAAGCAUGAUCGAAGAUGCAGGUUUUAGACAAGUCACGUACGAGAACCUCACGUUCGGCACAUGUGCCAUACAUUCAGGCUUUAAGAUAUAAAAUAAAUAAACUUAUAGGAUAAAAUUAGCAUGUUGUUAUAAUAAAUU